UACAACUGCUAUCACCUACUUUCGUUUGCUAUACUCAAUUGAUCGCGCCAGUGCUCUCUAUCGUGUCCUGUCUUUCAUCAUUCACUCGAUUCUCCAGUUCGGCCACCUUCUGCGGAACAACACUGACCAUCGCCGUCCGUUUGCUUGUAUCCCCCCCAUCCACAACUCACGACGCUUUUGUAUACUCUUGUACCCCCCCCCAAACAUGUCGUCAGACCAAGGCCUUUUCUCGUCCGACCUCAUUGCGCCCGCCGUUGCUGCUGCGCUCCCCGAGGGCUACGUCGCCCGCUCCCUGCGCCUCUCCGACUACGACGCCGGCUUCCUCGACUGCCUGCGCGUUCUCACGACCGUCGGCGAGAUAACCAAGGAGGCUUUUACUGAGCGAUACAACUGGAUACUGUCGCAAGACACCUACUACAUACUCGUCAUCGAAGACACCAAUGCUGGCAAGGUAGUCGGCACAGGCAACCUCCUUGUCGAGAGGAAAUUUAUUCAUAGCCUUGGACUCGUCGGCCACAUCGAGGAUAUCGCUGUCGCCAAAGACCAACAAGGCAAGAAACUCGGCCUUCGCCUGAUCCAGGCCUUGGACUUCAUUGCCGAGAAGGUGGGCUGCUACAAGACCAUCUUGGACUGCAGCGAAGCCAACGAGGGAUUCUACCUCAAGUGCGGCUUCCGCAAAGCCGGCUUGGAGAUGGCCCACUACUACGAGAGCAAGAAGUGAAGGCUUGAAGCAGGAGGUCACAUAGAAAUGAUAUAGACAAAUAAAGCGCGGGAUACGGUUAUUCCAAAAAGCGGCUCGUCGACUAUUUUAUAGGUUCCGUAUAGGAUUAAAGGUCUGCAGCAAAGAUAUGAGCGUUAUAGAAGGGCCACACGGUUUUGCUGGCCUAUCUUGAGGCCCAUGUAUAAAGGUCUUGGAGUCAAGGUUUCGUUUGUGUUGCGCUAUCCGGAUCAGGAUAUCAUGUUUCCAAAGUUACGAGUCACAUAUGCGCUCUGCA